GGCCCGCCGACCCGCCGCGACCGCUCGCACGCCAACUCGCGUUGGGCGCGUCUGGCAACGUCGCGGACGGCAUAGAUUCCGCUCCGCAACCGCAACCGCACAUUUGCCGGGCCGCCAUGAUACCAAAGCCGUGCUGACCGUACAACGGUUUCUCCGCAGUGACGCGCAAGCCGCUGCCGACGACACGACGCGACGCGACGCGGCGCGACGGAGGUCUGGACGCAAGCUGGUGGCCGCCUGCGGAUAUUCCGUUGCCAAUCCGGGGAGCUUUUUCACGUGCACUGAUCAACGAAGACCGCCACACGGUGCGGUGGUGGUGGAGGAUUUAUUCGUGAAUUUUAAGAUCCACGCGGAGAUCGACCUCCACGUGCUCCAACGGGAACUCUCGUUCGCACCUCAGCCGGAGAAGUGUUCUCCUCUCCUCGUCAUCGCUCAAGACUCAUUAAAACUUUCUCGAAUCCGUCGACCGCGAGAAUUCUCGUCGAUCGCAGAGAGAAUCCUAGAGACAAUCCUAAUUUCUUAUCGCGAGAGGUGCGCUGUUUGAGUCGCCAGGGGAAAAGGUCGACCGAGGAAGACCGAGCGGGACGAGUCGAGGGAGGCGGAAAGCUCUUCGAGGACUUUAUGAAUAUGUUCGACACGGAAAAGUUCAUCGAGGAGAUAGAGAGGCGGCCGGCGAUUUACGACGUGAGUCGCGGCGAGUACAACGACCGUAACGCCAAGAUGAACGCGUGGGACGAGGUCUGCCAGGUGAUGGUACCGAAUUGGGCGCGCUUGACGGACGAGGAGAGAAACGUGGAAGAAAAGAACCUGCGUGGUAAGUGGAGGAAUAUACGGGAUUACUUCAUGAAGGAGCUCAAGCUUCAGAAAUCACAGCAGACCGGGCCCGCCGGGCGUAAACGCAAAAAGUACAUGUAUUUCGACCGUUUGAUGUUUCUCAUGCCAAUGGUGGAGAACAAGAGGUAUAUAUCGAUCGCCGUCUGCACCGCGGUCGCGACUAAAAACCACUGCGAUCAGUGCGGUAAACGUCGUACUAUUUCGACCAUAUCUUCUUCCAGAGCCUCCGUCAUGACGAUCACUCCCUGCAAGUCGGAAGAGAGCGAGGGCGAGGUCGACAACCCCAUGAUCGAGGAAUACGACAUGCCACUUGCGCACGGCGGCGCUUCCAUAGGUAGCAACAGGGAGUAUCUCCAGCCGAGUACCGCGUCCUACAAAAUGUGCCCGCGCUAUCCGAAGCAGCUCUGCGAGACGUCCUUCGCGCCCUUGGACAACGAGAUACACGACAUCCUCUCGUCGCACAGCAGCCAGCGCGUCACCCUCGACGAGGACGAUUACGACAAGAUGUUCCUGUUGUCGUUGUUGCCGAUAAUCAGACAGGUGCCGGAAGAAAAGAAGCUGGACGUUAGGAUACAGAUGCAGCAAGUCUUGGCGAUGGCCCUCCGUCCGCCGGACAAUAAAUAAGUUAGUGAAUGAGUUGAGGAGAAAGCACGAUUUUGCAUGAUGACUCGUUCACGCAUCCUUGCGGUCCGUCCCGCUUUGACGUUUUGUCAGAGAUGAGCUGUAUAAGUUAUUUAAAUUGUCUUGCUUUCUUUCGUGAGAAGCGGAGUCAAAUUUUGUGUUGCUAUCAGCACAAGAUCUCCCUCUCGAGCAAAUUUUCGACACUAUUUGGUUUAUCGCACUUCAACGAAGGAUCAUUGCGUGAAGAUUAUAUUAGGUGAACGUGUUUGACAUAAGUUUAUCAUCGUAUAAGCUUCAAUAUGAUAGAAAUAGCGCGACCAUAAUAUUAUGAUUACGUAAUCCUUCAGAGUUACACCGAAACACACCAAGCGUAUGACGAUAGCUUUAAGUAUCUUAACAUAAGACACAAUUAGGAGUACUUUAAGAUACGUGGCGAAUGAAUUUUAUACUACUUAUGCAACCACUUAAAUUAAUACACAUCUGCGCCUGUGAUAUUAAGUUUUAUUUGAUAAUCGAAGAAAUUGAGGCAUUAUAUGCUACAUUUCUUCGCAAUAAGCUGAUAAAAUAUACGACAUUAUAAUAUCUUA